UUUUGUCUAUGGUCGUUGCACAAUAAAAUUAUUCGAUUUCGGUCUGCUGUUUUAGGUUAGAAUUUAUAAUCGUAAAAAGUAUUAAAAUUUGGUAAUAAUACGCAUUUAGAAACCUCGCUAGUAUGGCACAAAGUAAGCUUAACGAUAUGGCGGGCAAAUUCGCCAAGGGUGGACCUCCUGGCCUGAACGCUGGAAUAAAAGUGGUGGCUGUCUUAGGUGCGGCAGCUUAUGGCGUCUCACAAUCCUUGUUUACCGUUGAAGGUGGUCAUCGUGCCAUCAUGUUCAACAGAAUAGGAGGUAUACAGCAACACGUUAUGAGUGAAGGUAUGCACUUCCGCGUUCCUUGGUUCCAGUACCCCAUCAUUUACGACAUCAGGUCCCGUCCUCGCAAGAUUUCAUCACCCACCGGAUCCAAGGAUUUGCAAAUGGUUAACAUUUCCUUGAGAGUACUCUCUCGUCCCGAUGCGAGCUCACUCCCUACCAUGUACAGACAGCUCGGCACUGACUAUGAUGAAAAAGUGUUGCCCUCAAUUUGCAAUGAAGUACUGAAGUCUGUGGUUGCAAAGUUCAAUGCAUCACAGCUGAUUACACAGCGUCAGCAGGUCUCACUUUUAAUCAGAAGAGAGCUGGUGGAACGUGCGGCUGAUUUCAAUAUUAUUUUGGAUGAUGUAUCUCUAACUGAAUUGAGCUUUGGUAAGGAAUAUACAGCUGCAGUUGAAGCUAAGCAGGUAGCCCAGCAGGAGGCUCAGCGUGCUGCUUUCGUUGUGGAAAGAGCCAAGCAGGAGCGUCAACAAAAGAUUGUACAGGCUGAGGGUGAAGCUGAAGCAGCUGAAAUGUUGGGUAAAGCUAUGGGAAUGAACCCUGGUUACCUGAAACUGAGAAAGAUCCGUGCUGCUCAAAGCAUUUCUAGAAUGAUUGCCCAAUCUCAAAACCGUGUAUUCCUCCCUGGCAACAGCUUGAUGAUCAACCUCCAGGAUCCUACCUUUGACGACCUGUCCGAGAAGCUGACUAAGAAGAAGUAACAUGAGGCUGAGAGUGUGUGCGCUGAAAGCCUGGAGCCUGCGACCACUCUGCCAGAAGUUGAUGAUACUAUUCUUAAAAGUGGUGUUGCUUCAUUUGUCGUUUAGUGCAUUUGUUUAUGUAGGUACCAAGAGCAUUACAAAUAAUAUUAUGUAAAAAGUCAGCCUGUUCAGAAUGUAAUAUUGCAUUUUACGUUAUCUAGUUGUAGGUUUAUAGUAUGUAUGGGAAUCUAUGAUUGAAAUAAAAGUUUGAAAAUUAA